AUGAGCAGCAGUGAUGAAUCCGACCAACAUUCUAGCGCAGAGGAGCAGGAUGAAGAAAGGACUGAAAUUAGAUCACAGCUUUCGACGUUAUCAUUUGAGGAAUUGCAAAAACUGAAAGAGAAAAUCGGUGCCAAAGUGUACAAAGAAGCAUUGUUCGGUAAGAAAAAAGAAAGUGAUGCUCCAAAAAUAUUUAAAAGAGAAAACAAGAAUAGACCACGUGAGAUGAGCUCUAAGAAACCUGUGCGCAUGCUGCAGGCUAUACCAACUGUCAAGAAGAAGGAAAUUCGUGAUCCAAGAUUUGACCCUCUCUGUGGUGAAUUUGACAAGAAACAAUUUGCAGAAGACUAUAAUUUUCUGUCCGAUAUUCGUAUAAAAGACAUCAAGGCUAUAAGAGCGGAAUUGAAAGAGACUACAGACCCUGAAAGACAAAUAAAGCUGCGGAGAUUACUACAGCGGUUGAAUGACCAACAUAAACAUACAAAGAAGAGUAAGAUGGAGAAAGAAGUAGUUGAGAAGAAUAGAGAACAUAUUGAACAAGAGUUUAGAGCUGGAAAACAGCCACACUUUAAGAAUAAAUCUGAACAACGUGUGGAAGCUUUGGUGAAGCAGUACGAGGAACUGAAGAAGGAAGGUUCUGGAAGAAUACAGCGCCAUCUCAAGCGGAGACAGCAGAAAGUUAAGAAACGAUCCUUCAAAGCACCAACUGGUGUCAGUUGA